AUGGGAAGUGGCAGCACCUAUUUGACACUGACAAUGUUAGUGGUCGCAGGAUGUUUGAUGUGUAACACAAGAGAGGUUUCAGCACAAUGUGGAGGAAGUGUGACAGAUCUUAUAUCGCAGUGCCAACAGUAUGUGCAGAAAACAGGACCAAAGAUUAAACCUUCAGCAGCGUGUUGUGCAGUGCUGAAACAAUUUAAUGUGCCGUGUGCUUGCAAACUCAUCACCAAAGAAGUUGCGAGCCUUGUGAGUAUUCCAAAAGCUGUGUUCGUUGGACGCUCUUGUGGUUUGAGUCUUCCCCCAGGAAUGCGUUGUGGAGCUAUUGUAAUCCCUCCAGCCAUGAAGUGA